AUGAAGCCCUCAUUCAAAUUGUCUGCACAGAUGGCUACCGCGGACAUGACCACCGAGGGAGAUCGGGCCGAUGGGAUGUUGUCCCCGUCAGAAGAGGGCUCCCCUCCACUUUUAAACGACUCCUCGGCCCACUUGAAUUUCUCCGAGCUCACGCCGCGUGCAUUUGGCAUCUCCGCGAAGAGCUUUACGCCAGUGUCAUUGUCGAAUUGCAAAGAUAAAUCUCGUCUAGCACAAAUAAAGUCACGGCGGAAGUCCAGCAUUGGAUCCCGCGGAUCCCCGGAGACCAACUCCCUGAUCCGCUUCAUAGCGCAACAGAGGAUGAAGACUGCCUCUGCCUUCCAAACCCCAGAGCUUGUCAGAAGUAGCCCCUUCCUUCCCCGUGUCGCCUCCACGCUGAGGCAGAAGAUGGCCUCCUUCCAGAGCCUGAUGGAUGUGGAAGAGAGUGGGGUCUGUGAACCGAUGCCAAGGCAGGACAGCAACACUGGAGGAUGCAUCAAGACAAGAGAUUAUCUGUCUGAUAGGAACAGCCAUCAUGGAGGAAAGGAGAACCACCCACCAACGAUGACGCCAAUGCCCAGCAAGAGGGGGCGCCUGGGCCUCAUCGAAGGCUGUGAGGUGGAGAUUAGAGAGGCCGGCGCUCCUAUCCUCCACGAAGUAGAUGAAGAAGCAGCAGUGAUGCAGGUUGUGACCCACGGAUCGCUGCCAUCCAGUGAGCCUGUGGAAGAGGACCACGCUGUGCUCAUGACCCCAAACCUUCACACUGACCUUGCGCUGCACACCUGCUCCCCCGCUAAGGACAAGCAGGGCGAUCUCUUUGAACUUGAAAGGCUCGGCCGACCACCACCCGAUGAUUCUGCGGCCGCUCCACCAGCGAAGGCGGCCCCCCUCCUCCACAGCCCCACGUUUCCUUCUCUGUUGGAGAUGAAGCCCGCAGGAGAGGAUGACUGCGCGGUGCAGAAGAAAAAGAAGAGCGUGCGCUUCGGAGGUCCGCUGUCGCCAGAGUUCUUCGAUAAGCACCUGCCUCCCAGCACGCCGUUGCAGAAGGGGGGCACGCCGGGCCGAGCUGCCACGCCGCGUGGGAGCUUCCAGCCGCGCUCGGUGCUGAAGACGCCACAAAGGAGUGAACCCAGAACAACAUCAACACACGCGCAGCCGGACCUCAGCGGCCUCGCUGUGUUCGGGGCCUCGCCUACGCUCGCGAUGCCCCGCAACCGCAGCGUGGCGUCGGCAGGAGAGAGCGGCGAAGACGGGGAAAGAACGAUUGUAUUCCCUUUAAUGGAGGAGAUUGACUCUGCGGCGACGGCAGAUACAGAAUGUACGUGGGAAACCCAGCCAGUGAAUUUAAACGCUGCGUUCCACGAGGAGUAUCUCUCUCGGAUUCUGACAGAGUCUGAGACCAUUCCGGGCACAAUCUGCCCGGUGGAUUCCCUGGACGAGCCUGUGCCCUCGCUAGAGAGGGAAAAGCGUCCCGAAGCCGCAGUGGAAGCUCCGGCUCCGACCCGAUCGAGAAGCCAAAGGAAAAAGCAUCCGGGACCAGAGCAAGCGGCCCGCAGUGAGGCUCCAGCUGGGUGCACCAGUCGAAAGAGAAAGCUGCCUGAGGAGAGUGAACCUGUGAAGAGGUCGACGCGCUCCGCUGCCAAGACGGCCUCUGGGAGGAUUAAGACGAACUCUGCGGCAACGCGGCGAUGGAACAAAGACGUGGACCGCUCCCUCUACGGCUCCCGGGCCUACGCCUCCAAGAACCCCAAUCUGAGUCCCAUCACCGAGAGGUUGCCCCUCCUCGGCCAGUCUCAGGCAGCACAGCAAAUCCCCUCCCCAAAUCAUGAGACCGGCUCGAACCUUCAAAUGCCCGACGACCCCCCAGCAACAUGCGACCUCCCUGCAACAAACGCUUUGGAGAAUCUCUCUCACGAUGCGGUCACGUCCCCGAACUCCAGUAAAAAAGAAACCUUGAGGAAAGGAAGGAGGCUGUCGGGUCCAAGGGUCAAACGGAGAGGAGCAAAAAAGAGGAGGGUCGCUGUCGCUGAUGAGGCCGCGCACUGGGAGGAGAGUCUGGAUCAGGCUGGUAGAAACACCGAGGAGCUCUGUGAGGAGCACGGCCUCGACCCAUCGAGCGGAACCCCGCUGACUCGCUCUGAACCUGAGGGGGGAGCGGUGGCCUCCGGAGACGAUGCCGUGACGUCUGCGGAGACACUCGCCGCGGACUGCCCGGCUUCAGGCGGAGAGUCGGACAACACUUUGAGUCGGUCGGCGCGGAGAACGCCCCCGGAGCAGGAGACCAGGGCGGAGGCGCAGCAAGGAGACAUCCGGUCGAGCCCCGGGGGCCAGGAAGGGACGGGCGUCGCUGAUUUCCCCCUCGCCCCCUGGCAGGCUGACUUUAAUUUUGAUGAUGUGUUCAAACCGGUCGCCGCCAGGAGGCAGCGCUCCGUGCGGCGCAGCCUGAGGAACCGGAGGGGCGCCAGCGAGCAAGGCGGCGACGGCAGCAGCUUCGACGGCACUGUGGGCCUCGCUUGGCUGGCAUGGACCUCCCCCGACUCCAAUAAAGAGUCCCGCCGGAAAACCCGGGGCCGGCGGCCCAGUGCUGCUCCACCCGUCCCGCAGGCCCUCCCCGAGGGAAACGCCGCCUCGUGAGACUUUAAAUCCACUACACGCACCAAGCCAGCACACACACACACACACACACACACACACGGCACUCCUUCAUACAUACCGAUGCUCUUUGUUUCAGCUGAAACCAUUUCCCAAAGAGAGGGCCAAUCGUUUUGUAUUCCCUAGAACAUCGAUGCCUUUGUUCCUUGUGAAUUAUUAGAGCUGACCAGUCAUUUGUAGCCAGUUUCCCCCCCCCCCACCAUCCGCUCACCAAGCCAGUCAAUAACCCUUGAGCCCAAUCAUCUCCGCUGACCCCCUCCCGAUCGAUGCCCGAGCACUCAGCUGGUGAUCGCAGUGCAUGUCGAGACUCACUCUCCAGAGUCAUUGGCUCGAGCGCCUCCGAGUCGAUAUCUACGAUUGCAGAUAGACGGAGACAUUCACCAUCCGUCAUGCGAGACGCGGCAGGAUGAAGGGAUAAUAAUGAUGGGAUAGUAAUUGGAGGGAGUAUGGGGGGGGCGGGGGGGGGUCAUUGUCUUAAACAUACAGAAAUGUAAUUGAUGGGCCACAAACAAUUCUGUUUAUUUGUGGCUACUGGAGUGUUUUUUUAAUUUUUAUUUUAAUUUUUUUUUACCCCCCAGAUUUAAAACAUUGACAUACAGGUAAAUGUCCAGAAGAGGUCCCCAUCCCAAUGUAUUAUCUGAUGUUUUAAGUGAUGCUUUUAAAAUGUGAAGGAGAAUGAAAUAGUUUUAAGCCGACUCAUAAAUCAGUUCCUGUGUUUACGGUGACUUUCCUGGAAUGUCAAGUUGUACCUCGCGGUUCUCUUAUGCUGAUUAAAUGCCUUGGUUCCAAGUAAAAGACGUGUCAUCUGAUCAAAUUGUGUUCAUUUCAAACGGAUGAUUUUAUCUCCUUCAACAGGGUAAUUAAACCGGCUACGAUCCCCUCACGC